GGGCGAAGUAACUGAUGCUGAGCCAAUGGAGAUAGUCGUGCGAGACGCAUCUGUCCGAAACCCAAACUAACCGCUGGCAAAACGCUGUCUCCGGUAUGAUGCACGGUGAGAUGAAAACCUGAUGGAAGUUUGAAGAAGCUCACUCUUAUUCACUCACUUUUGGAGAUUCGCACGGGCAGGACUAAACGGAAAGGCAAUUUUAUCCCAUGGAUCCACUGGACAGCAUAUCCCAGUGACAUCAUCAUCUACCAAAAUUGCCACAAGACUCUUCCUUCUAUGUGAAAUAAACUCUACAGCAAGGGAGAUCAACUGGGAUUUUUCCCAUGUUCCUCACGUCAUCAUGGAGUAAAGUCUAACGAAAAGCCAAGAGAAGGAUUAAUUUUAGUUACAAAAACUGCUCCUUCUAAACCCAAAGAAGAGCCUGAUGGUGUCAUAUGAUCUGGGCUGAUUGUACUCAGUCGGAGUGCCUAGCGGCUCCAGAUGAAACUGAUGUGUUUCCUGCAUAAUUCUCAGUCUUGUCUGAAGUCGUUAACACACUGUGUGUUGUAGCAUGCGGCUUGGGCUCCACAUCCACAGCAUCUUAAUUACACAACCGAUUCGCUGCCAUUUAAAGAUCUGCUUUCCUCUGUUUUUUGUCAUCUUUACUUAUGCUGUCACCCAAAAGAUGCCCAAGAGAUCCUGCUGUCUCCCACACAUGCACCUACGUCAGACAUGAGGGUCGCGCCGACGCGUUUGGCAGGACUACAGAAAGGGAUCCCGCUUGACGUUCCACGUGGAUAAAUUAGUUUAUUUCUUGUCGGAGUUACACAUUCUUACCAUAUCUUUUACGACUGUGCGUCUCCUGGAAGACAACGGGAAAGGCUUAAAGGGGCCUGAUGCACCUUUUAAGAGCAGCAUCAAAAAUGAAUAAAUCAUCCAGAUGGAGUGAGGGCUAGAUCUUCACAGACAGCGCUGAAGGAAACCCUCUUCCCCCCACCUGCCGGCUCCCGAGCGAGCGAGAGCUAGAACUGAGGUCUCUGGCAGACUGACAGUUGCAGCCUCUCCUGCUCUCUAGCCUUGUGUUUUGUUGAUGCAUUUGCCUUGAUUUUCACGUUCCUCUGCCCUCCCCUCUGUGCCUGUGUCAUGCUCUGUUGCCGGCGUGCCGUCCUGGAGCCAUGCCCAUCCCCGAAAUGGCUUUGAGCACGGUGAAGUCUCUGUACUGGGAGGUGUUCCCCUCCAUGGCCACGCAGCGGGUGUACUGCACGCCCGUGCUCUGGGCCGGGCGCCUCUAUGUACUGGGGGGCUGCAGCGAGAACGGCCUCCCUUUGGACUCCGCCGAGGUGCUGGAUCUGGAGAGCCAGCGCUGGUGCGAGCUGCCCCCUCUCCCCACCGCUCGGGCCGGGGCAUCCGCCGUGCCCGUCGGAGACCAGCUGAUGGUCAUGGGAGGCAUGGAUGCGCAGCAGAGCCCACUGGCCUCUGUGGAAGUAUAUCAUCCUGAUGAGGGCAAGUGGGAGAGGAAGACGGGACUGGGGCAGGCCUCCAUGGGCAUCACCACACUGGAGAAAGAUGGUAAGGUGUAUGCAUUGGGCGGGAUGGGAGCCGACACGACACCUCAGGCCUCAGUGAGGCUGUAUGAGCCGACAAAAGACCAAUGGCUGCCCCUCACCUCCAUGCCCACACCCCGCUACGGAGCCUUCUCCUUCGUGCGCGGUAACAAGAUCUAUGUUCUGGGUGGGCGUCAAGGCAAGCUGCCAGUGACCGCAUUCGAGGCCUUCGACCUUGAGACGAAGAGUUGGACGCGGUACCCGUGCAUCCCUAGCCGCAGAGCGUUCUCCUCAUGCGCUGCCAGCGACAGGGCGUUUUUCAGCCUGGGCGGCCUCCAGCAGCCAGGACCCCACAACUUUUACUCCAGACCUCACUUUGUCUCCACUGUUGAAGAAUUUGAUAGUGAACAAGGUGUAUGGUUGAAGGCCACGAGGGGCUCUCGCAUGAGAGAGAAGCGGGCGGACUUCUCAGCCGGCUGUCUCGGUGGACGGGUCAUCGCUGCGGGCGGACUCGGUAACCAGCCGUCCCCGCUGGCGUCAGUGGAGAGUUAUAACCAGCUGAAGAGGAGAUGGGAACCCGUGGCCCCGUUACCCAGCCCUCGCUGCUCCUGUGCCUCCAUUCAGACCCCCAACAUGCUGUUCCUCAUCGGAGGGGUGUCCCAGGGUCCCAGCAAUGCUGUGGAAGCUCUCUGUUUGAAAGAGACCGUCUGACACGCACAUGCACACCCAAUACUGGACAACUAUAACAAAUCCUCACAUGCUGUACUUUUUCAGAGGGUAGGCUCAGCAAACCCACACACACACAUACUGACGUCUGGUUGACGUGUGUGUCUCUGACAAAUUCACUGACUUUCCCCUCAGAGGACGCAUCAGCUUUAUACUUUGAAUAGUGGAGACAAUCUACUGGGGCUUGGACAGUGUUCCACACCUCUGGACUGAGGAGUUUUGGACUGGACAUCUAAGACAAGCAAAAAAAUACAUAAUUCUAGAAUAACAUAUACAUAUAUUGAUGUAUAUAUUUAGAGAGAGAGAGAUAUAGAUGUGCAGACCUACACAGACAGGCACACGCAACACUCCAGGCGCCUUUGAACUGUACUGCAUUUUUCAGUAUAAAAGCAGGGUAAUUUUCUGGCAAACUAAAGAGGAACUUAGGGCCAUAUCCACCACGCUGCCGCAGCACCCGUCUGAGGUAGCAUGUUUAGCACUUUUUGUACUAUUGACAAACAGAAUCUUCUACACGAGACUUCAGAAGUGGGAGGCGGAUGCUUGUACGUGUGUGUUUUUGUACCUUCACAGCCAUGAACGUGUGAAAUAGAGCAUUGUUACGAGUGGAAAGAACAACUCGUAUAAUGGCAAAACACUGAUGCCUCACUGUAGCACGAGACGGUAAUUGGAUGAGAAUGUGGGUAAUCGUGCCGGCUAAUUAAAGGAAUGUUCCGGGUUCAAAACAGGUUAAGCUUGACGGUAUCUGAGACAAUAAGUUUCAUUCGUCCAUCAGUUCGUAAAAACGAGCAAAAUAGAUAUUUACAAUAAUGUUCUUAUUUUUGUAUCGAGUUUUUUAUUAAAGUGGUUACAUUAAUUAUUCUGUAGAAAAAAAAUAUUGGGGUGGUUUUAAAAGAAGUCUCUUAUGCUUAUCAAGGUGCAAUUAUUUGAUGAAAACAACAGUAACGUUGUAAAAUAUUAUCAGUUUGUAAAUUAUUUAAAGAUUUGUUCCUUAAUCUUCAGUAUUAUUACUCCAGUCUUCAGUGUCACAUGAUCUUUCAGAAAUCAUGCUAAUAUGAUGAUGUGCUACUUCUUAUUAUUAUCAAUGUUAAAAACAGUUGCGCUGCCAUAUAUUUUUGUGGAAACCAUGAUACAUUUUUUUCCAGAACUUAUAUAGAAAGUUCAAAAGAACAGCAUUUAAUGGAAAUCGUAUGUAACAACGUAAAAAUAUUUACCGUUAAAUGAUGUGGAAACACUGACAUUGUUUUAGAAUGUCAUGUAAUCAUCCAAACACUAAUAACUCACAUAUAGUACUAUGGGUAUGUCUGAACACCAAAGUUCAAUAAAACCUUUUUUAGAUUUAUGUUAGCAUAUAAAAUGUUCCAUUUUUAUAACACUGUAGACGCUGUCUUUUAAUGAUGAUCCUGGGGUAAUGCCCUGCCCAAGUGCAUUACUGUAAACAUUUAUGUGUACUAGCUGAUAAACUUAUAUUUUGGGCUAAGUAAACUUGUUUUGAACCCAGAACAUUUCUUUAAAAUGUUUGGAGAAAGAGAAAGUGUUCCUUUUUCUGGACACUAAAUUAUUUGACACUAAAUACACUGGAAAUGUGUUUGCCGAUCAAGGCAGUGAUAUUCAUAUUUAAUUGGAAGCUGUGUUUCUUCAGGGUAUGAGCUAAUUAAAUAAUGUAGUUGCAAAUCAAGGCUCACAUAAACUGUUUCUGAGUGACCCAUUUACAGGACAUGAGAUGAUUGCUCUUAGGGGACGUGGCGGCAGACAGAGGGCUCACUUCCUGUAAUUGGUGAUGAUAUAAAACCCUUGACGUAGACCUCAUAUGCCUAAUUUUAUUUGUUCACCGGUGCCCUGUGAGGGUCUUGCAUUGCCCCCACUGAUGAUUUGACAAGGGUAUCGGGUCACUGAGCUCAUUUAGCAUGCCGAAAACAGAAAUUAUGCGUGUCAGGAAUUCACAAUGACUAGCGACAGGUUUGGAUGCACUGAAUUCUGGUGCAUCUUCACUAUGAGAGGUCAGUAUGGGUUUGAUCGAUCUGGUCUGCAUGUCCUUGUAUAAAUAUGUGCACACCGAUUAUCAUCACGUUCUGUCUCGGAUGGUUUGCUGACCUGUUGUUAUUGGGCGAUAUGGUGCCUGAGGGCACAGUAAGACGUUCAUACAUAUUCAUACUGACCGUUGUUUGAGUGCAAAUGGCUGUUUGUGUGUUUUAGUUGGGAUAGUGGGAAAUGAAUGUCAAAAAUCCCUCUUAGAAAGAUCAGGAUCAAAAGAACAACACAUACAAUCCACAUACUUGUUUCAGAUGAACGCCUCCCCAAUAAUUGUGAUGAUGUGCUGGCUGGCAGCUGCCUUGUGCAUCAUGUCAGAGUGGAAACAGACAGAUAGAUGGAUAUUUCUGCCUGUAUGAAGCCAUCACAGUCGUCCUGCUCACAGACAACAGAGGACUGGAAGAUUUUUAUUUUAUCUGGAGUUUGGCCUCAUUAAUAGUCUCUGCUGCUGGCUAGCUCAGAUUGCCAGUUCAUUUUCACUUUAUAUGAGGUUAAAUGUCACAGAGGUUCGAAUCUGAAACACCCUCCAGCACUGCAACAGACGACAAUGUGUGAAUAGAUGAUCUGGGGGAAAGAGAUAAUGCCGAGAGAAAUAUACCUCUAUUUUUCUUGUCUACGAAUUCUGCAACAAGACACAUGACAAAUUAUAUUUUUCGCUUUCUCAUUUCUGCUGCCUCUACGAAAUGGAAACAUCUUUACUCUUGAAAAAUGUCUCAAGAUGUUAAACAGGCUGUUUUCUGAAGUCAUUUGACCACGAGCUUGAGAGUUGGCGGAUGAGGGGCUUUAGUGGGUGAAGUGAGCUCAUAUUUUCAUAUCUAGAGGUGCGAAAUGUAUUUAUUUCCAAUGUGUCUUUUCAGUUCAGACCUCUCCACAGUGCUUUAAUUUACUUUAGGGAAUUCAAAUCUUUGAACUCUGGGCUUUUUUUUUUUUACUGUCCAAAAAUGUUCAAAUGCAUUUCGUCUUUUACCCUUCUGUAAAUCACUUUGGAGUAAACGCUGUGUAUGAUCACCUAAACUCUAAGUAGCAGUUGUUUUGCGGUGAUUUUUCAUGUUUCUCCAUGUGCUGAAUAUUAUUCUCUGUGGUGGGUUGUUAAAAUAAUGCAGUUUCUUCAGUGUUCCGUGGGUUUGUUUUAUUGAUUUGUGAGGUGACAGGUUGUCAUGUUGUAAUCUGAGGAGCUGUAGAGAUGGUCUGUUGUUUCAAUAUGAUGUUGUGCCGUCAUAUAGUGGUGUACUAGUGGUAGCUGAUGGCCUCUGACAGUCUUCAGUAUGCAGUGCCGAUACUCAGCGCGUUUCAGCUUCUGACUCAUAAUCUCCAUAAA